AUUCUCUCACUGUCUUUCAGUGGAGUACGCGAACAUGACAGUGCCGUCGCGUGACAGAAACUUCGCUGGUAGUAUGUCCCGAUUGCUUGGACCGUGUUGAAUCUUUCUCGGGAGUGUAUUAUUCUUGGCGAGUGCACCAUUGGGGAGAUUCGCGUGAAGAAGUGCGGCGUGUCUCUUAUGAGCGACGUAACGAACGUAUACGACGCGAAUCAUGGCGAAGGAUGAAGGGGACGAUGUGCUGCCAGACAAGGACGCGGCGAAGGGAUUUUAUGCUAAGUACGAGCCCAAAGAGAUUCUAGGAAGAGGAAUAUCUUCCACUGUGAGACGAUGCAUAGAGAAAGAAACAGGAAUGGAGUACGCGGCUAAAAUUAUAGACAUCAGCAAUGAGACUAAUGAGGAUAUGCAUACUAUGAAGGAUGCUACGCUACAAGAAGUCCAAAUACUUCGUAGAGUAGCUGGACAUCCAUAUAUCAUUGAAUUGCAUGAUGUUUUUGAAUCUAGUACAUUUAUAUUCUUAAUUUUUGAAUUGUGCAAGAAUGGAGAAUUAUUUGAUUAUCUCACGUCGGUCGUGACACUUUCUGAAAAGAAGACGCGUUAUAUCAUGAGACAAGUAUUCGAAGGAAUCCAGCAUGUACACAAUCAAGGAAUAGUACACAGAGAUUUAAAACCUGAGAAUAUAUUACUUGACGAUAAUUUGAACGUGAAGAUAACUGACUUUGGAUUUGCCAAAAUAUUGAAACAUGAAGAAAAAUUAGAAGACCUUUGUGGUACACCUGGCUACUUAGCACCAGAAGUAUUAAAGUGUAAUAUGUUUGAGAAUACAGAUGGUUACGGAUUUGAAGUUGAUAUAUGGGCUUGUGGCGUGAUUAUGUUUACACUAUUAGUUGGCUGUCCUCCAUUUUGGCAUCGAAAACAAAUGGUUAUGCUUAGGAAUAUAAUGGAGGGAAAAUAUUCAUUCACUUCUCCCGAAUGGGCUGACAUAACAGAAGCUCCAAAAGAUUUAAUAAGGAAGUUGCUAGUUGUUGAUCCCAAGAGAAGAAUUUCUAUAAAGGAUGCGUUAGAACAUUCAUUCUUUCAUACUGUCCUAUGGGAUCAAGACAUCGCUCCUCUAAAACGUUCUCUGUCAUCUAACUCGCGACGUCUGAGUAGGAUAUCUCAAUUAGCUUUGGAGUUGAAGGCGAAAUCAUUCAAUGCAAGGAAGAGAUUUCAAGUAUGAGCAAUAUGUGUGUUUGCUAAGAAUAUUUUUAAUAAUUGUUUUCAGGUGAUUGAUGGCUGCGCGUUUCGUGUCUAUGGACACUGGGUAAAGAAGGGAGAGGGCCAGAAUCGUGCGGCACUUUUUGAAAAUACACCAAAGACAGAAUUGAAGCAUCUGUAUGUUACUUGUCGUACGCGGCGGGCAGCAGCGGCAACAGCGAAGGAGGAGGGGCGAGGGCAGGAGGCCGAGAGUCGGGACUGUCGGGAGUCGGGGUGCGGCUGCGGCGUCGGUGCCUGUGGCUGUCGCGACGCCGGCGGUUCGAUGCGCCGGAGUCAGAACGAUCACACAGCGGGUGUUGACGAAUAUAGAGACUCCGCGGAACAACCGCCGCAUCGCCGCCAUCAUCACCAACGCGUUCUCCUUCCCUCCACAUCCAUAGGGCAGCAGCAAACCGGCCGCAGAAUGAGCCUGGAAACGUUACUGCAAGCGGCCUACUAUGUCGAACAGGAAGAGAAGAAGCGGGAGCGCCUGGCGAGCACCUCGUCCUCCUCCUCCUCCUGCGAUCAGCACUCGUUUGCGCCUGCGCCGACCCACUCCAAUCAUACUUAUGCCUCCAGCGAGCCACGUGGUGCCAAAUGCAAAAGAGAACGCACAGAGUCGGAUGAUCUCUUCUGCGAAGAAAAGAUGCUGAUCAUCGAUGAUGGUAUUACGUCGCCGAUAAUGCAAUCGCGUGCGAGUCUAAACACCGUCGUCGACGUCGUCGCCGAGACGAACAACAAUGUGAGUGGGUUGACGGAUGCGAAUAAUCCACCGCCGACACGAAUUGUCGGUAUCAUCGAUGUCGUCAACGGUGGUGAACCGCUGCGACACAGUAGCGAUUGGACGCCACCCCCGCCCAAGAAAAAAUGGAUACGGCACUACCUGCUUGAAGAAGAACCAUUGGAGAACAACAGAAUGAAUCUUUCGACUCAUUUCCGAGGUACUUCUAUGGUCUCCAACACACGAGUCACGCCAUCGUCAACCGGAUCAACCUCUGUUCAGCUGACUGCGCUCCAUUCCAUGUCUCAUCAUCCUCAUCCUCAUUCACAACAGCCACAGCAGCAGCAGCAGCAACAGCAGCCGCAACAGCAACAACACCACCAGCAACAGCAACAGCAUCAUCAGCAGCAUCACCAUCAUAGCGAUCAUCAUAACACACAUAAUCAUUACAUGGAGAAUCAAAAUCCGAAUCAAUCUCAGCAAAAUGUAGGCAACCUCGUUAUUGAUGAAACGAACCACGACAAUAAGAAAAACCGAACUGGGGGAACAUGUGUAAUUCGAUCUGGUACUAGGGAAGUACACAAUAAGCUGGAAAAGAAUCGGAGGGCGCAUCUAAAGGAGUGUUUUGAACUUCUAAAGAGGCAGCUACCAUCGCAAGACGAAAAAAAGUCUUCGAAUCUCUCUAUUCUCCAUGCAGCGAACAAAUACAUACAGGCACUGCGAAAAAGAGAACGAGAUUAUGAACAUGAGAUGGAGAGACUCGCGAGAGAAAAAAUUGCGGCUCAACAGAGAUUAGUUGCAUUGAAAAAAGAACUCAAUGCAACUUGGGAUCAUAUCGACAUCAAUUCUCUUUUGCUGGAACAGAAUCCUGGGACGGAUGUGACAGCCGCCAAAAAUGUUUCAGAAAAUACGGAGGUUGACGUUACUGGAUUAUCACGGGGUGGCACAAGGUAUAGCAGCACGAGCAGUCUAAACAGUGUGACAACGGCCAGUUCCCCGCAAGCAUUACAGUCCACUAGCACGACUUCCAAUAUUCAUAAUCAAGCCUCAACCGCGGGUGUCGUUUGCCAAACGCAGGAUCUGAAUCUUGUACGAAGCUCCAGAGAGAGUCCACCUGCAAGUUCGAUUGCUGGAACGGCACCCGCACCCAACAUUUCUACUCCAGCGCAAGAGAAGGUCGCUACGUCAUCUACCACCGGUAUAGUCCAGCAGCCGCAUCAACUGCAUCUGCCGAUCAGUGCUCAGAUGUUGAACACGAGUCAGGGUCUUGCGACCAUCGUGCCAGCCCUGCAACAUAUCGGGCCAGGACUAAGGGUAAUACCGGGUGAUACGCGGCAGCUCUUAGUCACCCACACCACUGGCAACAAUGAAUCCAGGCCUCUGACAUUGGCGGUGCAGAACUCUUCGGAUCAAUCCCGGCCACCGCUGAUUGCUGUGCAAUCAAACGCUGGAAACGAGCCAAGACCCGUAGCGCUGGUCGUUCACUCAUCCACCGCCAACGACAACAGAGUGACAUUUGUGCACUCUAAUCUGUCCAACAACGACAGGCCCCUAGCCCUGGCCGUACAAUCGUCUGCGAAUGACGUUAGACCCGUCACUUUCGUGCACUCGGGGAACGAGGGUCGAUCGUUGGUCCUUGCCACACAUUCGCCCGCGUUGAAUGUGUCGAACGCCCAGACGAGAAUAAGAACGGGAGAUGCGCAGAACACGCAUAAGAUGGUCGGUGGCGUAACGCUCGUUGGCGGUAAUGGCUCGGAAUUGGCAAGACUUCCCGGUGGCGCGGAAUUGAAUAUACUUCCGGCAAAUGGAUUAACUUUAAGUCAUGGAGUGUCACUUCAAACUGCUGCGGGUAAACCAACCUCGACAAUGAUGCAGAACUCUCCAUCCACAGAGAGUAUAGCUCAUAUCGUCGGCCAGCACACGCCACUCUCCGGUCUAACUCCGAUUGUCACGCCGAUGACUGUCGUCUCUCAAGGUAAUCAGGUGACCGCUCACAUCUUAGCACCAUCGAGUCUCGCGGGGAAGAUGAUCACUACUCCCAUUCUCAAGUCCGUGGGACAAAUGCCGCUUGUAAACGCUCAGUAUCUUAACACCACGACUUUAGUGAAACCUGUCGUCGUGGUGAGCUCACCGUCAACGUCGACAGCACCCUCAACAACGGCGGCGACAGCUUCCAAUACACAACCUUCUUCGACCUCGAAUUCGACUGUCUGACAGAAUCAAGGAAAGGCAAAAUUAAUCUGAUUGCGCUGGAAUAUCAAAAUACGGUUUGCUGGUGUUUCGAGUAAAUCUCUACUCUAUACAUUUAUCUAAAAUAAAUCUAUCUUUUGUUAUUUGUUGGAAUCGCUUAGAUAUGUUAGUGAUAAAUUAGCGAGAAUGUGAGCGAUUUAAAUUCGAAAUAUUUUACGACAGGCAGUAAAUAUCGUGGAAGAAUCUGACGCGAGAUAAAUUUUUGUCUAUUGUUCUUUUUCUAACAUCAAAGUGGUCUUGCAUUUUAAAACAUCAUUUGUGUCUCAUAAAGAUUGACAUUCGAGAUAUGAGCCCUUCCGAAGAAUAAAUCGACUGAGAAAGUGUGAAAAAAGUCCUUGCUCAACACAUAUAUUGUACACGGUACCUUGAUUUUAUUAAGAGAAGAUAAUUUAUUGUGUGUGCAUAAAUUAAAUAUAAAGUUCUAACAAAUUAAUUUACAAUUGUAGCCCGAGUGUCAAGAAUGAGAAAGCUUUCAUGUUAAUAUGUUGACAAAUUAAGACUUUUAAAACUUUUAAGGUUAUACCGACUAUAUAUACCAUAUGCUAUUCAGAUCAUUGUUUUGUCAUAUUCUCGAUUGGGAAUUCUUUCGUUAUGCUUACUUUGACAAUGACUUUUUUUUUUUAAGUGUUUUAUGUUACUUCAGAUAUUCUAGAUAUUUUUUCUAUA